UUCCAUCCCACACAAACAUGGGCGGUCAGACACUUCAUCAAAUUUGCUUUAAAGGUAAGCCAUUCAAUAACUACAAAUGACAAACCAAUGUCUAUUUCUAGCCUUCAGUCGAGCAAAGAGGAAAAAGUCGCAUCUGAAGAAUGUAAUGGUGUCUUUUGACGGUCACUUUAUUUUCAAGGAAAUUAAUGAAUAAUAGUAGGUUUUUUUUGCCUAUGAGCGUUUUAGUGCAGAAUUAAAAUCACUCCUUUUCACACCAUAAAGUAGUUAUUGAAUUUCAAAACUGUCGGGACAUUUUUAGUCAAACAUUAAAGACAAUGUUUUUUUUUAAUCUUUUUUCACUAGCAGUUCAACAUCGGAACGUUUAUUUUAUUACAUUUAUAUUAGGGUUGUAAAAUUGCGAAUAACCUUACUUGCAAAACACCGAAAACGUUUAAACUAUAAACACCGGCCAAAUAGACAAUGUUUAUAUAAUUGAUUAACUCAUGGCAAGAAUAUGCCAUCAUACAAAGCCUUGAACGAAGUGCAUGUACAGUUUAUACAGAAGGAGUCAAGAUAGCAGUAGUAUCCUCUUUUUGAUAAAGCCAUUGGAAAUUGAUUUUAACAUCCAAAUUAGGUGUCUAAACAUCGGAGUUUUAAUCUGUGACAAGAUAAGAAACAAAAUAAUCCAAAGUGGAGAAGAGAUUGUAAGAACAUCAGGCAAUGUUCUUAUAUUAAGAAGCAAUGUCAUUUCCUCAAGCAAUUCUCUUAAAGGUGUUACUGUAUGAAUAUUUAAAUCAAUGCUAAGUUUGCUUACUAUUUAUAGUCACUGUAUUUUGGGUUGCGUGUGUUUGAGUUAGAGUUCUUAAUCUUUAUAACUUGGGAUGAAUAAGUUUAUACCUGUCUUUUAAGAAAGUGAAUCGACGUUAAUACGCUUGCUGAUAUAAUGCAAGCUAGAUAAACGGCUAACAACGGAAAUUCUAUCGGAUACUUAUAUAUUUGGUUUAAUGAAAAUGUGAUUCACACAGACAUUGAGAGAUGAGCCUGAUGCGUUGGUUAGACAAAACAAAACAUGGGCUUAUGCUACUCCUUUUUGUAUUUUCGAUCGGGCUUUACUACUUACUGUUCUGGUGCAGAUUCAACAUAUCUUUACAAAGAAAAGAACAAAUACCAAACAUUGACAACUUCAAGGUUAAAGACAACCGCAAUGUUAACCUACAAUUGAAAAAUGAUAUGGAGGCAUAUAUUCAAGAUAAGAUCAAACAAAUUCAGAAUCCAACGAGUUGUGAGUUAUCUUCAAAAGUGGUUUGCGAACUUCCCCCUGCUGGUUUCGGUAGUCAGGUACAUUUAUUGACGAUCUGUUUUACAAUUGGAUUUAUGACUAAGAGGGUGGUUAUAUUUAAGAAAGGCAGAUCAAAGUACAAUAAAACAGGAUGGGAUGAGCUGUUCUUGCCUCUAAGCAGUACUUGUUCAACACAUAUGAACUCAACUGUUCAUCAAGUUCUGAGUAAUGCUAUUUUCAAACAGUUAUUAUUUUUCAGCUUUUUUAGUUGUGUAUUGUGUUAAAUGUCUCGUUACGAAGUACUUGUUAAAGCCGAUAUCUGAUCAAUAGAUCAUUUUUAAUAAAACUACACAUACUCAAUGUCCUUUAAACUUUUUCCGUCUUUCAAUAAUAAUACUUAGAUUUUAUGUCACUAGACCAAACGAUUGAAGAAGAAGCUUACAGUAUAAGUUUUGCUUUUCACUUUAUUUGCCUGAGCCUAUCUUCUAGUGUGAGUUGCAGUUGCGAUUGGAAAAAAACGCACACCAUCAGACCAUAAAACCUUUAUAUGUACGAUCAUCAUUAUAAAACAUCACAGAAAGCAAAGCAAUGCAAUGAGUUGAAAAUAAGAAAGGAGGAAUUUAUUUUUGAGUUUUUAUUUUAUUUUUACAAUAUUAAUAUGUUUUGUAAUUGUUAAACGUGAUGUCAGAUUUACUUAUCCGAACAAUGAAAUGAUUAUGUAUCUAUAAUUAAAAAAGUUAUCUAUAAAGGUUUGUACAACAUAGGAACUAACUAACGAGUGUACAUCUGCAUCUUUUAUUACAAAAACAUGUAAGGGAACAUUAAAUAGCAAGUAUCAAUUUAGUGAAAAUUAUGAACAAUUUAAUGCAGAUAAAUAAUAACAAUAACACUUAAAUGAAAACAUCAAGUCUUCUUUAUAUCAAAUGCUGACCAAGUAAAAACUGUUAAAGAUAUUGAAUUAAUAUAUGAACAAUGAAACAACACUAUAAUUAUAACAGUAAUUGACAAUAAGUUAAGAGAUUUCAUUGAACGAAUUAGUGACAUUGAACUUCUUCUGGAGAAUCAAAUCAACCACUGUAUGUUAAAAUGCAUUGGAAAAUAGCUUCUCUAUGUCUAUUUGAUUUCCAUAAUCAGAUAUUUCAUAACUAAUGAAAUUAAGUAUAUAAUUGAUACAUUAAGUUAUAAUCACAAACCUCUAGUCAGGGUUUAAAAGUAGUUAUACGUAAGCUUACAAUUUACAAAUCGGUGUACCCUUGCAAUUCGGAAAUGUAGAAAAAGUCACAAUAGGAACACAGAAAGUCAUAUGAUUUAUUUAACAAGUCUAAUUGAUACUGUUCAUAGAAGACGCAUGACCGCAAGAGAGACACUGCACAUUAGAAUGUCGUGAUCAAGUGCAAUAUAAAGACGGAAUAAGUAAGAAUGAAAAUCCUGCAUAGGAAGCUUU